GAAGCCAUGGUGCGGAGCGAGAGGAACUGGGACGCCAUCUCCUCCUUCUGUGAAGCAGUUAUGUUCGCAAGCAAAGAGGGAGGUGGCCCGCGUGAGGGAGCAAUUUUCCCCCUCACGCCCCAACCGCCGCAACAGGUGACACUACGGGCGUCGGGGAUCAAGGGACGAUCUCCGGCCACCGUAAGCGCGGGUCUGCGGCCGGCAAGAAGAGCAGCUCGCGGCCCGACUAGAACCAAGCCCGAGCGUACGGCGCGUAGCGUUCCACGCGCGCCUCAAAGAGCCAAUAGACCACCACAGACGAGGCCUUAUAGGGCUGAUGUUCAGCCGGGGUUGCGGGGUAAGCGCAAUAAGGCACCGCGACCUCGGCCCAUAGCAGGAGAAGGAACAGGGGGGUUUUUAGUCAAUAAGAGUCUGACACUCCCACCCGCCCGGCCCUGGGCGGGAAUAGUCAUUUGAUGAUUUUCCCCUCACAAAACAAAACA